AAGUGGGCGCCGCGCCGGCCGGCCGGCGGAGCGAUGGCCAUGGUGGCCGGCGGCUGGGGCGAGCCGGGCGGCGACACGAACGGCCUGGACAAGGGCUACCCGCGCGGCUCCGAGGAGGAGUCCGUGUCCCCGCCCGGCGGCGCCAGCGACCCGGAGCACGGCGACGAGGACAAGCCGGGCGUGCAGGUGGACUGCGUGGUGUGCGGCGACAAGUCCAGCGGGAAGCACUACGGCGUCUUCACCUGCGAGGGCUGCAAGAGCUUCUUCAAGCGCAGCAUCCGCAGGAACCUCAGCUACACGUGCAGGUCGAACCGGGACUGCCAGAUCGACCAGCACCACCGCAACCAAUGCCAGUACUGCCGCCUGAAGAAGUGCUUCCGCGUGGGAAUGAGGAAAGAAGCCGUGCAGAGGGGCCGGAUCCCGCCCACCCACUCGAGCGCCAGCCCCACAGCCAUGCCCAGCGGGGAGUACUUCAACGGGCAGCCCGUCUCCGAACUCAUCUCGCAGCUGCUGCGGGCUGAGCCGUACCCCGCCGCCCGCUACGGCUCCCAGUACGCCCAGCAAGGCAGCAUCAUGGGCAUCGACAACAUCUGCGAGCUGGCUGCCCGGCUGCUCUUCAGCACGGUGGAGUGGGCCCGCAACAUCCCCUUCUUCCCCGAGCUGCCCGUCUCGGACCAGGUGGCCCUGCUGCGCCUGAGCUGGAGCGAGCUCUUCGUGCUGAACGCGGCCCAGUCGGCGCUCCCGUUGCACAUGGCACCGCUGCUGGCUGCCGCCGGCUUCCACGCCUCGCCCAUGUCCGCCGAUCGCGUGGUCUCCUUCAUGGACCAGAUCCGCAUCUUCCAGGACCAGGUGGAGAAGCUGAACCGGCUGCAGGUGGACUCGGCCGAGUACAGCUGCCUCAAAGCCAUUGCCCUCUUCACCCCAGAUGCCUGCGGCCUCUCGGACCCGGCGCACGUGGAGAGCCUGCAGGAGAAGGCGCAGGUGGCGCUCACCGAGUACGUGCGGGCCCAGUACCCGUCGCAGCCCCAGCGCUUCGGGCGCCUGCUGCUGCGGCUCCCGGCGCUCCGGGCCGUGCCUGCCUCGCUCAUCUCCCAGCUCUUCUUCAUGAGGCUGGUGGGGAAGACGCCCAUCGAAACACUAAUCCGGGACAUGCUGCUCUCCGGCAGCACCUUCAACUGGCCCUACGGCGCGGGGCAGUAGGGACGGAGAGGCUGGCGGAGCCGCAGCCCAGCCCGGGCACUGCUGCCGCUUGCACGGCCCCCGGCUCGGCCCCAGGCCCAGGCGUGUGCAAUGUGCCCUGGGCAGCCCCCCGCAGCUGCCAGGCCUGGGAGCGAGACCUGUGCCCCCUCCUCCCUCCAAUGGAAACCAACAAGCAGCUUCCCCAGGCAUUGCCCAUCCGCGCAGCGGGGAUCAGCCGUCUGGCAGGGUGCUCCGUCUGUCUGGGACGCAGGCGGGGACGGCAGGCCAGGCUUUCCGGAUCCU